AUCGGCUGACCCGGCAGUGCUUCCGUCCGCGGACUUUUGAGCCAAAAUGAGGGAAAAUAAAAAUCUGUCCGAGUCUCCUUCUCAAGUAGGAAAAGAAAUACCAGCGAAAAAACAAAAGCUAAGCAGUGACGAGAACAGUAAUCCUGAUUUAUCAGGAGAUGAGAAUGAUGAUGCUGUCAGCGUGGAGAGUGGCAACAAUGCAGAGCGCCCAGACACGCCCACAAACACUGCCAACGCCCCUGGUAGGAAGAGCUGGGGCAAGGGCAAGUGGAAAUCCAAAAAGUGCAGAUACUCCUUCAAAUGUGUCAACAACUUGAGGGAGGACCAUGGCCAGCCGCUGUUUGGAGUCCAGUUUAACUGGCACAGUAAGGAGGGAGACCCGUUGGUGUUCGCCACAGUUGGGAGUAACAGGGUAACUCUGUAUGAAUGCCAUUCUCAGGGAGAAAUCAGACUCUUGCAGUCAUAUGUGGAUGCAGACGCAGAUGAGAUUUACACGUGUGCUUGGACCUACGAUACCAACACGAGUCAUCCCCUGCUGGCCGUUGCCGGAUCUCGUGGAAUCAUUCGAGUGAUCAACCACAUCACAAUGCAGUGCAUCAAGCAUUAUGUCGGCCAUGGGAAUGCCAUCAACGAGCUCAAGUUUCACCCGAGGGAUCCAAAUCUCCUCCUGUCUGUCAGCAAAGAUCAUGCCCUUCGUCUGUGGAACAUUCAGACGGACACAUUAGUGGCGAUAUUUGGCGGUGUUGAAGGGCAUCGAGAUGAAGUUCUUAGUGCUGAUUUCGACCUCUUGGGUGAAAAGAUAAUGUCGUGUGGGAUGGAUCACUCUUUAAAACUUUGGCGAAUCAACUCUGAGAGAAUGCAGAAAGCAAUUCGUGGAUCUUAUGAGUACAAUCCCUCAAAGACCAACAGGCCGUUUGUUUCUGAGAAGAUUCACUUUCCCGACUUCUCAACACGUGACAUCCACAGAAACUACGUGGACUGUGUGAGGUGGCUCGGUGAUCUGAUUCUUUCCAAGUCGUGUGAAAAUGCCAUUGUUUGCUGGAAACCAGGAAAAAUGGAGGACGACAUCGACCACAUUAAACCAAAUGAGUCUAACGUGACAAUCCUUGGACGCUUUGACUAUAGUCAGUGUGAUAUUUGGUACAUGCGCUUCUCCAUGGAUUUCUGGCAGAAGAUGUUGGCUCUGGGAAACCAAGUGGGCAAGUUGUAUGUUUGGGACCUUGAAGUAGAAGAUCCACACAAAGCCAAGUGCACUACGUUGACCCUCCCCAAAUGCACCUCGGCCAUCAGGCAGACCAGCUUCAGCCGUGACAGCAGCAUUUUAAUAGCCGUGUGUGACGAUGCUUCGAUCUGGCGCUGGGAUCGACAACGCUGAAUAGCUUUGGCAGUUAGAUGUUAGGUUUUUCCUUUUGCUUUUACACAUGAGAUUUUACUGCUUUGACUGAAAGGGCCGGACUGAUCAGUGCUGCAAAAACAGUAUUUCAUUUUGUUUCACAGUCUGAAAAUAUUUGAAAUAUCGGAAGAUAUUUCCCAAAACAAGUGAGGAAUGCUACCAUGCGGGUAGGAAUCCCCCCCACCUAACCACAGUGGCUGCUCUGCUUCUGUCUUUUUUGAGAGAGAGAGAGGCUCUGGUUGCUGUCUCUCACAUAGGUGUUGUAGCAUCACUCCAGCAAUCUAUCAGGGGAAAAUGACACUAAUAUGUCAAAUAAUCAAGAUAAGUCAACCUGUCAUCUCAAUCAAAUUGCAUAUUAGCUCAUUUGUUAAAAGAAGCAUUUUUAGAUACUACAGAUGACAGGAUGUGUGGAUUUUUAUUUUAUGUUUUUUAUUCACUUACUGUGUUAUGCGUUGGUCUUCAGUUAACAUUUCAAACAUUUCUUUGUAAUGUUUUGAAUACAUAUGCUCUGUCAUCAUUUUGUUCAUGAUCAGCAACAGUCACGUUUUCCUUUGAGUACAAUUAGUAAAAUGUUUUCUUUUUUUUUUUUGUAAAUUUG